CGUGUCUCCUAACCCCACGAUUAGAGAAAUGCAUCAAACAAUAUGUACUAAUCGGCUAAGGCCAUUUAUUCCCCCAGAAUGGGCUGCAGAUAACAUUUUAAAAUCAAUGGGUCAUUUGCUUGAAACAUGCUGGGAAGAAGAUCCAAGAAGUCGACCGACUGUUGAAAUUAUCAAACAGUCAUUAGAAGUCAUCAAAGAAGAAGGAGAUAUUGCCGAAGAAUUAUUAUAAAUAUUCUAA